ACGCCAUCUUAAAAACGUAUCGCACUGUGAGACGCGACACAACUACCACACUGGUGCAUGUGAGAGGUGUUUAUGUGUAAAAACCACGAAGGACCGCAAGAACGCGCCAUACGUGAACACCUAAGCGGUGUAUUGAACUGCACAUUUACGAAUGAAUGGGAAAUCCUUGGACAUGACAACGACAAGACUGUGAUUCUGGACAAAUACAAAGGACUGUGGAUGGAGUGCUCAGUGGACAGUUCGUCUCACGUGCGCUGCACAAGUUACAAUUCUCUUCUUCACCAGACCUUUGAAAUCCGGGUGGGCCGAGCAAUCAUGAUCGCCAGCAUCGUCUUUUCAAGCCUCGCCGCGCUGGUGGCCAUUUCUGGUCUCAGAUGUACAAGAUGUUUAGAAGAGAACGAGAAGUCGAAGGAUAGAGCUGCCUUCUUAGGAGGAAUCCUUUCUGUGUGCGGUGGUCUUCUUGCUUUGGGCAUAACCAGCUGGUUUAUAUAUGGAAUUGUUGAAGAUUUCUUUCAGAAUGACACCGAGACGGAGAGGUAUGUGGUCGGCAGAUCUCUGAUUGGUGCAUUUGUUGCAUCUGUGCUUUGUUUAUUCGGAGGCAUUCUCUUAUGCGCCUGCAGCGUGACGCAUCUACAAUCCAACAAAAUUCUCAGCAAGCAUCCGGUCUCCAGGAAUCCUGAAAAAGACUAUGUUUAAUGAUCCUGAGACCAUCUCAAUACCUACACUUCACCUGAAUGUCAGACACCGGUUAAAUGUUGUGUAUGUGCAUGAAAGAAAAUGACAGUAAUAAACUAUUUUAUAGUCAUUUUUAAAAAAUGAUAUAUUAUAUCUAAUUAUAUGUUAUUGUUCUUUUUACUAACCGAUAUCCAUAUGAUUUAACCACUUUUAAUGUAUGUUUAGAUGUUUGUGAGUCAAUUUAGCUAUUAGAAAACUAGAAGGCUGGGAUUGCUUCAGAGUUGACCACAGAGGAAGAUUAUGUCAUAUCCCAGUCAUAGCUUUACAGUCAAUGUGGGGAUAUUUGUACUAUUUUAAGGUAUUUUUAAAGAUGAAGAAUAUUCUAAGCUGUGAUGUAGUGUAGAAUAUAUGUCAAUGCAAGAUUAAGACCGCUUCAGCAUUUCAUGCUUGUCUGUUUUAGGAUUAAAUCAUUUCAGUACUUUAUCUAUUUAUUAUUAUUAUAAAUGCUUACUAUCACCACAUGCACUUGGUUGUUAACCCUGCUUGUAACCGCUGAAUGAGAUUUUCCUCCUUCUAUUUCCUUAGUGUUUUUAGCCCUCUUACCCUACAACAUCAAACUAUUUUAAUACCAGGUCACUUCACGUUCGUUUUGAAAUAG